AUGGCUCGUAACUUCGCAGCCUUGCCAGGUUUUUACCGGGCUCUUUUCUUGUACAUCGAACCAGUGUCCACCGUAUCACCUGCCAUCUUGGCGUGGUUCUUUCCGGGUGCCUCCUGGUUCCACCAUGAGCUGAUACCAACUGCAACUGCUGCUUCAGGACCGCUAGAUGCUAGGACUACGAUGGCUAUUUGGCAGUUGGGAAACUGCUACCUUCUGCUGGGUUUAAUCUCGUCCCUGGUCUUCAGAGCUAUCCGAGAUGCUCUUCCAAAUAAUCCGGAGGCUCAGGAGCGUAUACUUGGAGCAAGUUUUACUGCGCUUGCGCUGGCAGACGUAACACAUAUUGCUGCUUCAUUUAUUGGCCUCCCCGAUGAGCUCAAAUACUCCUAUGGCAAGUGGAAUCCCAUGACCCAUGGCAAUAUCACGUUUGUGAUAUUCCUGUUGAGCGCAAGACUUGCCUGGUUCGCAGGAGUCGGUCGUGCUACAUAUUACUACGGGAAACGGGCCAAGGUGGACUGA